CAAAAUGUCAAAAACAGUCUAGGAUUUGAAUGUGAUUCCUUUGGUUAGCUUUCUACUUUCUCUUCUAUUUAUAUGGAGAAGAUCCAUCGAGUAAAGAGGGCAGAUUUGCAUGGUCAUUUACUGUUAGUAAUAAGCAGCCCUUGUAAGAAAUCCCAUUUGGGAUUUGGCUUCAAAAGAGAGGACUGACAAUGAACAUAUCAGCUUCUCAGUAUAGUGGUAGUGGGUGCGAAUCCGGUUGGACAUCAUACUUAUACCAAUCCUCUAUUUCAAAAAAUCAAUACCAGGGUUUCGGUGGAUUUGUUGAUGGGGAUUUUGCAAGAGUAGAGGAUGAACAAGAGGAGGAUUUGUCUAUGAUUUCUGAUGCAUCCUCUGGACCUCCUCAUUACUGUGAAGAUGGCGAAUUCUGCUGUGACAAACUAGCCAUGAAGAGCAAAAACAAAAAGAAGAGCAGAGAACAUGGUAGAAGCCAACAGUAUUCAUAUCUUGAUGACACUGCUAGCUCUCCUGCAUUGAGCAAGAAAGUGAAUAAUGAAUGUUCAACAGAGCAUGUCCCUGAAUUCUCCCAAGGUUUUUCUGCUACACAUUUUAAGGGGAAAUCUUCACUCAAGAAGCACCUUGGAUUCUUUAAAUCCUCGCAUGCUGAGAAGGCAGCUUCAAAAGAACCAGGUGGUUUUCAGGCAAGAAAAUGGAAUGACAAAUUGUAAUGAUGGGCAUCUUUUGUCUCUGCCACUGCAGUUGCUCUGGACUCUGGAGAGAGAAUUGGAAGAAGAGUGAAAGAAAAAAAGGUCAUUGGAUCUCAAAUGGAUUUUGUUCCUUUGUUUUUGUCCAAUUCUACUCCUUUUUACUAUUUGCUCCUGUCAAUGCAGUGGGAAACAACAAUAGAACAUAAAAAAAAAAAAAUUAGUUAUCUGCCUUUAAGACCCUUUUUCUUCGUUCUUCUUUUGUCACUAUUGUAGUGAUCACAUAAGGAAACUAAUAGGUCUCCUGUGCAGUCUUGCCUCUGGCCUCCUGUACUUUUACGAAUGCAGAAUCAAAUUUAUCAGCUUGCUGAGAGGAAUUUAACAUAA